GUGCUGGGAUUAGGGGCGCGAGCCACCGUACCCAGCUCUUAAAUCUACUUUUUAUGAUGUUAGUAGAGCCACUUCGGCUUUCUUUUGUUUAUUUUCUUAUUUUUAUUUUUAAUUUUUUUCAGCCAUAGUGAACUAGAUCCAGCUUUCUUUUGAUUCACAUUGCAUGGUGUAUCUUUUUUACUUUUAACCUACUUUUUCAUUCUUCACGUUUACACAUGGGAGUGUGGUUCUCUCGCCUGUCGUCAUCUCUGGGUAAAUAUUCAGUGUUCUACAAACGCUGACGUCCAGAGGAUGUGAGAGAGCCGGUGUGGGGUGGGCACCAUGAGACAUGGACUCGGAGACCUGUGGAUGUGAGAGUGCCGUUGUGGGGUUUGUGUGGAGGGUAAGCGUGGCCCACCUGUGGGCUGUAAGUGUCAAGCCCUGCAGCGUGUGCUGGGAGUGACGCCAUUGUCCAGAGCCAGCCCUGCAGCGUGUGCUGGGAGUGACGCCAUUGUCCAGAGCCAGCCCGUGCAGCGUGUGCUGGGAGUGACGCCAUUGUCCAGAGCCAGCCCUGCAGCGUGUGCUGGGAGUGACGCCAUUGUCCAGAGCCGGGGUCAUCAGGUCGUGGCAUUCCUGGUGGCUUUCCAUCAGAACAAGCAGCUGAUCGGUGACAGGGGGCUGCUGCCCUGCCGAGUGCUCCUGAAUAAUUUCCGGCAGUACUUCCAGGACAAGACGAGCUGGGAAGUCUUCAGCUACAUGCCCACCAUCCUCUGGCUGACGGACUGGUCAGACAUGAACUCCACCCUGGACUCGCUCGCUCUUCUCGGACUGGGCAUCUCGUCCUUCGUCCUGAUCACGGGCUGCGCCAACAUGCUUCUCAUGGCUGCCCUGUGGGGCCUCUACAUGUCCCUGGUCAAUGUGGGCCAUGUCUGGUACUCCUUCGGAUGGGAGUCCCAGCUUCUGGAAACAGGGUUCCUGGGGAUCUUCCUGUGCCCGCUGUGGACGCUGUCGAGGCUGCCCCAGCACACCCCCACAUCCCGGAUUGUCCUGUGGGGCUUCCGGUGGCUGAUCUUCAGGAUCAUGUUCGGAGCAGGCCUGAUCAAGAUCCGGGGGGACCGGUGCUGGCGAGACCUCACCUGCAUGGACUUCCACUACGAGACGCAGCCGGUGCCCAACCCUCUGGCAUACUACCUACACCACUCACCCUGGUGGUUCCACCGCUUCGAGACACUCAGCACCCACUUCAUCGAGCUCCUGGUGCCCUUCUUCCUCUUCCUCGGCCGGCGGGCCUGCAUCAUCCACGGGGCGCUGCAGAUCCUGUUCCAGGCCAUCCUCAUCGUCAGCGGGAACCUCAGCUUCCUGAACUGGCUGACCAUGGUGCCCAGCCUGGCCUGCUUCGACGACGCCACCCUGGGGUUCUUGUUCCCCUCCGGGCCAGGCAGCCUGAAGGACCGAGUCCUACAGAUGCAGAGGGAAAUCCGAGGUGCCCGGCCCAAGCCCAGAUUCGGCUCUGUGGUGCGGCGUGCAGCCAACGUCUCACUGGGCAUCCUGCUGGCCUGGCUCAGCGUGCCCGUGGUCCUCAACUUGCUGAGCCCCAUACAGGUCAUGAACACCCAUUUCAACUCUCUUCACAUUGUGAACACUUAUGGGGCCUUCGGAAGCAUCAGCAAGGAGCGGACGGAGGUGAUCCUGCAGGGCACGGCCAGCCCCAGCGCCAGCGCCCCCGACGCCGUGUGGGAGGACUACGAGUUCAAGUGCAAGCCAGGCGACCCCAGCAGACGGCCCUGCCUCAUCUCCCCGUACCACUACCGCCUGGACUGGCUUAUGUGGUUCGCCAGCUUCCAGACCUACGAGCACAAUGACUGGAUCCUCCACCUGGCUGGCAAGCUCCUGGCCAGCGACGCUGAGGCCCUGUCCCUGCUGGCACACAACCCCUUCGCAAGCAGGCCCCCGCCCAGGUGGGUCCGCGGAGAGCACUACAGGUACAAGUUCAGCCGUCCUGGGGGCAGGCACGCCACCGAGGGCAAGUGGUGGGUGCGGAAGAGGAUCGGAGCCUACUUCCCUCCUCUCAGCCUGGAGGAGCUGAGGCCCUACUUCAGGGACCGUGGGUGGCCUCUGCCCCAGCCCCUGUAGAUGUGCACCAGAAAUAAAGGCAAAGACCCAGCCCCUGGCGGCUCAGCAA